AUGGCAGAUGGUUUGGAAUCUAUAUUGAAAGCCGAUCGUUUCAGGAAGAUAAUCCCAGAUACACCUUCUGCAGUUCUUUUUCUUCUGGCCACUUCAGUGGCAGGAUUCCAUCAAGUGUUUAAUAAUUAUUUGGACCAUGUCCAUAAAAAUAAAAACCUACUUGCAUCUUCCUACUCGGCAGAGUUGGCCUUAGGAAUGCUCUAUGUUGGGGCCGGAGGAGAGACGGCCCAGGAACUGGGAUCUGCUCUAAACGUAACCGGUAGAGAGGAUGUGAAGGAGAAAUAUAGGGCCAUGCUAAGCUCGCUUCCUUACCCCAUCGAAAUAGCAAACAACUUACUUGUUAGUAACGAAUAUAAAGUAAAAGAAGCAUAUAAAGCGGAGGUUGGACUUAACUUCGGUGCCACAACCGGAACUCUUGACAUGACCGACCCAGAAGAAGCUGCUGCUCAAGUUAACAAAUGGGUGAAUGAUAAAACUCAUGGCAGAGUCCAGAAACUAUUUUCGUCUAUAGGACCUAAUGUCCAUUCAGUACUGCUAAAUGCGAUUUAUUUGAAAGGCCUAUGGGCAAAAAGGUUCGAUCCAGCCUUGACCGAACAAGCCCAGUUCUUUGUGUCGGCCACAAAAACUGUCCCUGUCCAGAUGAUGUCUAUGCAAGCCAGGUUCCGGGCUGAAUGGUUUUCCAAUUUGGAUGCCAAAGUUAUCGAGUUGCCGCUCAAGAAGUCUGAUCUUGUGAUGAUCAUAUAUCUGCCCAACAAAGUUGGCGAUCUCAACGUGUUGGAGGACAGAAUAACUCUACGAGACUCUACGAGGCCAAAGAAACGUCAGUUCGUAAAUCUGAAGCUACCUAAGUUCAGAAUCUCAAGUAAAGCAAAACUAAAGCCAGUUCUCAAGCAUUUUGGCAUAAAAACGCUAUUUAAGCGUUCAGCGAACCUAAGUGGCAUCGUGGGAUCGGAAGCAUCAAAUUUCUAUGUCGAUAAUGUAAUACAGGAGGCAUUCAUUGAGAUCAAUGAGGACGGCGGUGAGGUAGCAGCUGUCACAGAACCACGGACAUCACCGCUGGAUUUUAUUGUCAAUGUUCCAUUUGCCUACGCCAUUCGGGAUGAACGAGAAGUUUACUUCCAGGGCCACGUCAACCAGCCUGUGUGGUAAUAAAGAUUUGCCUGGCAUAACGUUUACAAUUAAUUAAACAAAUUAAAAUGCUUGUGUAUAAAA